AUGGUCAACAUGACCCUUGAUGACAUGGAAACCGUCUGUCGCCCCAAAGUGCAAGGCACGCUAAACCUAGACAAGAUAUUCUCUAACGUUGAUCUUGAGUUCUACGUCGCAUUUUCGUCCAUCGUCGCCGUCACCGGAAACCCUGGGCAAUCGAAUUACGCGGCUGCCAACAUGUUCAUGACAAGUCUCGUUGAACAGCGGAGACAACGCGGUUUUUCCGCUUCGGUCAUACACAUUGCGCCCAUUUUGGGCGUUGGCUAUGUUACGGAGAAGAGCGAUAGGAACAAGACGAACUUUCCGCGCACCACUGGCUAUUCACUCACAUCGGAACAAGACUUUCAUAAGCUAUUUGCUGAGGCUGUUCUUGCUGGACGCACGCAUUCAGAGCCCGAAGGAUAUUCUGAGAUUGCACUAGGACUUCACAAAGUCGGUUCGCAUCCCGAAAAACCACCGUACUGGUUCGACAAUCCAACUGCGACGCAUUUCAUUCGUAACGACGAAACCGCCGAUGUCUCCAAGGCUUCCGUAGCAAAGGCAUCUGUCAAAUCUCUGCUCCUACUUGCCAAGAGUACUGCCCAAGUAUUGCAGGUGAUGACAGAUGCUUUGAAGCCCUUCGUUUGUUCGCUUUUCCAGGUUCAAGGAGGCACUGAUCUGAGCGACUCCGAGUUUUUAGACCUUACCCUGGACGACAUUGGUCUCGAUUCUCUCCUCGCUGUUGAGAUCCGGACGUGGUUCCUGAAGACAGUUAACGUAAAUCUGCCGGUGAUGAAGAUUCUUAGCGGUUUGUCUGUUCGCCAGCUUGUAGCCAUCGCCACGGAGAAUCUAUCCACUGAGCUUAUACCCAACGGUGUAUCUGGAGCUGGCGGAGACUUGGCCCAGCGCGAGAAUCCGUCAUCUCAGCAGGCGGUAUUACCGAAAGAAACCAAGAAGAGCGAAGAAUCUGUCGUUGUCACUUCCUCGUCUUCUUCAUCUUCCGAUACGGGCGGCACUUACGGUUCGGAUUCAACAGUCACCACAGAGAUGGACGUAUCCUCCUCGCCGGCGUCCAAGAGCCUCCCAAUCACCCCGCUAGAAGAGCAACCAAGUCCAGUUAUCGUCACUCGCAGCCGUGGAGAAAGUACCAUUGAACGGUUUAUAGAACUAUCAUUCAGCCAGACCAUGUUCUGGUUCGUGUUGAAGUUUCUAGACAACAUGGCUGGGCUUAAUCAUACCGGGGUAUUUAAGAUCACAGGUCGUCUUCGCAUUCGGGAUCUGCAAAGGGCCAUAGUAGACCUCGCCAAGCGUCACGAGGUACUGCGUACCUGUUUCAGAGUCGUCGACGACCGGCCGCAACAAGGCAUCAUGGAGACUGGCUCGUUGUGCUUAGAGCGCAGACAAAUCACCAGUGAGGAGGAAGUCACAACUGCUACUCGAGAGCUACAAGAGUACACUUAUGAUCUGGAGUCAGGAGAAUGUUUGCGGGUACUGCUCCUGGAGUUAUCAUCAAACGUCCAUUUUCUCUUAUAUGGCACGCACUCUCUGGUCAUGGACGGAAUUUCGGGUACCAUCCUCACACGAGACUUAUUGCGACUGUACGAGGAGGAGCCUGCAAUCAACAACUGCGCUCCCGUCUUCCAAUACUCUACCUUUGUUCGGACCCAACUCGAGGCCUUCAAAGCUGGAGAGCUUGAAGAUAGUUUGCAGUUUUGGAGGAAGGAGCUCACGCCCUGUCCACAGCCGCUUCCAGUGCUGCGUAUCUCUCCAGUCAUGACUCGUCCAGUACAAGCGAGCUAUCAGAACUGUAGGGACGACCUUACAAUUGAUGCAGCGAUGAAAUCGCGUAUAUGGGAUCUCUGUCGGCUCUGCAAAGUUCGCCCCUUCCACUUCUUCCUCACCGUCUUCCGUGCACUCCUAUCACGAUUUGCCGAAGUAGAGGAAGUUUGCAUUGGCAUAGCGGAUGCCAAUAGAUCUCAUGAAGGCGCUAUGGACGGCCUAGGGCCGUAUAUCAAUCUCUUGCCUUUGCGCUUCUCGAACAGCGCAUUGCAGAAAUUUGAAGCCGAGCUCCAGAAGACCAAGGCCAAGUCUACUUCAGCACUAGCACACUCAGACGUUCCUUUCCAGCUCUUAUUGAACGAGUAA